AAUUCAAUGUCAUUAUUGUCAUUAAGGAGAAAGAAGUGAGGUUAUAAAUUUCGCAAUCGCUCCCGAGAUGUUAUGUAGCAAAUUUAAACAAAUUGUAUUGCCCCAAUCAGCUUUAAACAACAACGUACAGUUUCGCUACUUAAUAACGUCCCGAUAUAUAUUUAAGAGAUGUAUAUGGUACGAAAGCUUUUUGGGUAAUGCAUCUAAAAAGGAUAUUGGGAGGAUGUCUGCUUUUAGGUUUAUAUUAAGAGAUUUUCGAGUGUGGAGUGCUUGGACACGGGUUAACUUAGUGAGUACGGUGGUGAAGAGAUGCAGAAGGGAUCGCAGUGUCAGGGAAGUGAUAAAUUGCUUCAAGCAGACAUUCUUGCGUCCAAAACGAACGCUCCUUUUGUCCGCUACUGCGGCAUAUAAGGCUCGAGAUGGAGACGAAGACGAAGAAGCCCCAGUUAGCUGUGACAAAAAUAUUACCGAUGAAGAACUACAGGCUUUACUAUCAGAACUGGAAGGAGUGGAGACAUUAUCGAGGAACACGUUAUUUUGUACCGGUUGCGGCAAGAGACUGGUGAUCGAGAAGAAGCAGCCAGGAAUACCGUAUUGCUCGUGUAAAGUAGCAGAACUGCCAUCGGAGCCGUCGGACGGAUGGGUGCCCUACAUGGAGGCUGAGGAUGUCAUCAUAUGGCGGAAGGAGUACAAACCUGGGCUGGGCCUCUAUGCGUACAAAGUAUACGGGAGGUAUCCAGACGUGAGGGCAUCAGACUUUGCGGCCGUCCAAGUAGACGGGGCUUAUAGAACUGUAUGGGACGCCGCCGUGGCCGCUCUAGCGGUCGUAGAAAGACGCGCUAAUGGUCUGCCCGACCAGGCGGUGUUGCAUUGGGAAGUACUGUGGCCGAGGCUAUUCGCAAACAGAGACUACGUAUACAUAAGACGGCACAAAGAAUUUGAUGUAGCGACCAAAAGUCUACCUCACAAAGAUGGUCUCUUUCGCGCCACCGUCUGCGAAGCCCGAACCGACCCGAUCUAUGCCGAACGGCCGAGUGUCCAUUCUAAAGCUAAGAGAAAAGCUAUGGAGGCCUACGAAAGGGACCGAGAAGGUUCUACAUCAGAUAAUAAGGUCUAUGUCAUCAUGUCGAGGUCCUGUGAGCAUCCGAAGGUCCCGGAGACGAAACAUGCUAUUAGGGUCUCGGAGUACUGGAGUCAUAUGGUCGUGAAGACUCUUAAUGGACAUGAUAAGCUGGGCAUGGAAUUCGUCCUGACGUACUACGACGAGCCGGCGGUCGGGGGCAUGCCUAGCACUGUGGCCGCGUGGGCGACGGGCCGCGCCGCCCCCGCGUACUUACAGCGCAUGCGCAGAGCCGCCUGCGACUACCGCGCCUGGCGGUUAGCGAGGCAUCAACAGCAGGAUCUACCAGAAUUCGUGCCAUUCGCAAGCGAUGCGGAGAAGCCUUGCGAAGAGAGUACGGUAGUCGUUAGCGAACAAGAUAUGGAGUCAUCACAAACGGGUCCUGAUAUGGAACGCGAGAACACUCGCGACCAGGCUACCCAGACCGAGGUCAUCGCGACCUUGCCGCAUCCAGAGGUCAAGGUCACCCAGCUGUCUGCCAAGGUCACUGAGGAGAAAGCCGUGGAGGCUGAGAUUAAAAACAAGAAUGAAACACACUCGGUAACUACAGACACAGACAGCAUCAAAGGUGAUGAAGAGGAACCCAAAAAUGGUGGGUGGUGGCGAUAUUUGUAUCCGUUCUACUAUUUUGUCUGAAUAUCUAGGUAACGCAAGACGUUUUUAAAGCGAACAAAUGAAUUUGCCGCUGUGAAGUUGGCUACAAGUGACUUCAUAGUAGUACAAACCUAAGGCCGGCCUCACUUGUGAACUAAACUCACGUAAGUAGCUUAUGGUAACUUACGAUUAAUUUACAAAUUUAAACUCCUUCGUAAGUCGCUUUCAGUAUUUGCUUACAACUUACGGAAGGAACUUACGUUAUUUUUACGGAAGUAACGGAAGCAACAGCAAGUCAAGUAAAUUUGCAUUUCUGAAGUUCAAAUUCAAAUCACUUUUGGUUCUAGAAAUUAAGGAUUUUCGUGUAUAUACAAUUACUAUGAAAAUCUAUAUACCUACAAUAUAGGGUCAAUUUUUUGUUUGGCCAAUGAAAUUACACAGCGGUCAUUAAAUACUUUACACGUAUCACGUAUAUUAUAUUAAAUGCAUUACAUUUUCAUUUAAAUAUGAAUUUAAAUUAUAAGAAUGAAUUUUGAAAAAACAAAACAAACAAUUAUUUUAGAACAUUUUGAUUUUGCUACAAAUAUUUAAACUCUAGUUAAAUUGAAACUACUUGCGUUACCUACAUUUCUUUACUAUCUGUGGUCGUAUCUGUCAAUCUGUUCUGUUACACUUUUCGUCAAAUAUCUUUGCCGCUCCGAAGUUGGCUACUAGUGACUUCGGGUCAUACAAUGCAUGCGUAUACAUGGCUACCUUCAGAGGGGUAAAGUUAUUUUACUAGAAUUUCUACGCAGAAAUAAUUUUGAGACACAAACUUCUUUAACUUUUAAAUAAUGCUCUUCUUGUGGGCUUAAUAACUCGAUAUCUUGUAUCGAUAAAAUUCACGGAGGA